ACAGAUAACUUUUCCAUCCACCAUAGUGGCUUCCUUUUUCUCCAGAUGUUUAUCACAGAAAGGGCUCAGAAAAGGAUAUUUCUCUGUGGGCCCUGUUCCUCUGGUGUUUGAUGGUGUUCCUAACAGACAAGGAUACAAUGAACUGGUCAUCUCAGAGUCAUGGAAAAUGUGGAACCGAGGCUCAAAAAUGCCCCCUAUUUUCGUUGUGAAAAGGGACCAGAAUGGGUUCCUGUAUGCCAGAAAUGUGAAACCUGCAUCUUGGCCUGGAAGAUCUUUGCUACCAAAGAGUGGUUUCGGAGGGUCAACGAUAUAUCCCAGAGGCGGUUUCUGGUCAGCAUUCUGGGGCAGUUAAAUAGCUUGAAUCUGUUACACUAUUUCCAAAACAUCCUGCAGACUACCCAGGGGAAGGAUUUCAUCUAUCACAGGUCCCGGAUCAACCUCAGCAGGAAGGAUGGGAAGGAGGAGGAGGAGGUGAAGUCCUCCUUGAACCAGAUGUUGGAUAAAACCUUGGGGCAGAAGAUGAAGGAGAUCCUGUACUGGUUUGGCAACAGCUCCCAUCGCACCAAAGCAAAUUACACUCUCAUGCUGUUGCAGAUGUGUGACCCAAAGUUACUGCUCACUGCUGCUGAUGUGAUCAGAGUCCUGUUAAUGAAGGAGUUGAACGCUAUCUCAGGGUUCCAUCAAGACUGUUCUGAUGUAUCAUUCUACCCUGAACAAAACGACAGUCCCACAUCUGACACCUCGCAUGUCUACUGGACAGUUAGACCCAUACCCUUAUCCUUCCCGCUGUCCCAAACUGCACGAAGUAAAAGUGUGAUUGAAAAGAGGGAGAGACAAGCAAUGAUGGAAAGACAAGGGAAGAAUUCACUCCAGUGUAUUUCUGAGAUGAAUAAGCUGUUUUCUGGAAAAUCAGGCACAUGCCGGCUGGGGGACGAUCCAUGCAACCCCCUGCUAAGCCUGGAUGAUGUCAGGAUUCUGUCUUCUGGGUUCAGCAAACACCGGGACUUUAUCCGUAACCUGCCCCUCCACAUCUCCAAGUACAUUCUAAGAAUGCUGGAUAAGAACAGUCUGAACAGGUGUGCCUCUGUGAGCCAGCACUGGGCCAUGCUGACCCAACAAGUCAUGGUGGACUUGUCCAUGCAGUCCUUCAUUCAGAACCAGAUUUCUGUCUUGCAGGGGUCCUACACAAGGGGAAUAGAUCCUAGUUAUGCCAGCAAGGUCUCUAUCCCAGUUCCUAAAAUAGCAGAUGAUGGAAAGUGUACGUGUUCAAAAAAUCAGAAGUGGAAACUGAGAACAAAGAAUGACUACAACCUGUGGACUGCAUACCAGAACCAGGAAACUAGGCUGGUCCAGAUGGAAGAGAGAAAUGUUUUCUGUGGCACCUACAAUAUCCGCAUUCUGUCUGAUACGUGGGACCAAUACAGAAUCAUACACUAUACUGGGGGAGAUCUGGUCGCUGUAUCAGCUAACAGGAAGAUUCACCUUCUGGACAUUACACAAGCCAAGGAGACACCCAUUGAGUUCCGAGGCCAUGCAGGCAGCAUUAGGGCUCUCUAUUUGUGUGAGGCUCAAAACAUUCUCCUAAGCGGGAGUUACGACCUGAGCAUCAGAUGCUGGGAUGUGCAAAGUGGGGUUUGUAUAAGAAUAUUCUAUGGCCACCAGGGAACAAUCACUUGCCUGGAUUUAUAUAAGCACAGAUUUGUAUCUGGAGCAAAAGAUGGACAGGUGAAAGAAUGGGACAUAGACACAGGGAAGUGCCUGAAGAUCUUUAAACACAAAGAUCCCAUCUUGGCCGCCAAGAUCAGUGACACCUACAUCGUGAGCAGCUGUGAGCAAGGUCUGGUUAAAGUGUGGCACACUGUCACAGCCCAGCUGGUGAAGACUCUCAUGGGGCAUGAAGGAGCUGUGAAGUGCCUGUCCUUUGACCAAUGGCAUCUUGUCUCAGGAGGUGCUGAUGGCCUGGUCAUGGCCUGGAGCAUGUUGGGAAAGUACGAGCGGUGUCUGAUGGCCUUUAAGCAUCCAAAGGAGGUGCUGCAGGUGUCCCUGCUCUAUCUCCGGGUCCUCAGCGCCUGUGCAGAUGGCAAGAUUCGCAUUUACAGCUUCCUCAAUGGCAACUGUCUGAAGGUGAUAAAAGUCGAUGCCAGAGGUGAUCCUGUGCUGAACGUCUUUUAUCAGGGAAACAGGAUGGUGGUCAACACAAACAGCAAUAUCCUCAUGUUCCAGUUCGAAAAUGUAAAAUGGCAGUACUCCCCGGACAGAAGUAAACUGAAGAAGAGUAAGGACAGGGAGGAGGAGAAGGAAGAAAACAGCCUUGGGGAGGUGCUGUCCAAGACCAGCACUCAGGCUCACAGCCUCAGAGACUCGGUGUCUAGUAAACAAACUGUGACCCAGGAGUCCCCAGUAAAUAAAUCUCAGAAGUCCCACAUUCAUCUGAAGCCAACCAAGGAGCUCUCCCCAGAUGGUGUGGACAUUCGUGCAGCAGAAAUCAGACAUCCAAAGAAAAAGUCCUGGAAUGUCCCCAUGACACCUGACCGGUUCCUUCUGACUGUCAAUGCACUGCAACAGGCCCAUAAUUCUGAGGAAUUUGCCUAUCCCCAAAGGCCCCGAACCCAAGUCAUUGAUGCCUGGGGACCUUCAAUUCCAUACCCAAGGAAGGUCUUAACUUUCAAAGGAAAAUCAAUUCAAGAUGCUGUUGACCAGUUGCGACUCAGUCAUCCUACCAUGGAUGUGAAACAAACCAAUAUUCCUCCUGAAAUCCAGAAACUGCAGCCCAACUUGAAAAAAUCUUUGCAUAGUACCAGAGUCCAAUCCACCGUACCCCAGCCCCUGCUUAUCUGCUCCAGGAUCUUUGGUGGUUUAAGGGGCAAAGAGCUCUUGUCCAGUUCAAUCAGUGGGGCAAUGCACAAGAAAGGCCCCCUGACCAGCAUGCAGGUCAUCAAACCGAACCACAUGCUAGCUCCACGAAGCGGCACAGCUACCCUGGCUCUCAAGAAAGAAUGACCUCAUUUCUACACAACUCUGUCCUCUUCGAAUAAACACUGGGUUCAUGCUGUUGACUAUGAAGGAGGAGAAAGGCUAUGGGGAAGCCAAGAUGAAGGAAUACCAGGCUAGUGAGUCCACUAAAGUCAUAAAUCCAGGAGAAGCCAGUAGAGCUGCAUGGAUCUGUAAGAUCAAAGGUCUGCCUAUUGAUAAUUUCAUGAAACAAGGGAAAACAGCAACCCCUGAACUUGGACAAAAUGUGUUUAUCUAAACCAGGCUUGGGAAAUUGCUGCAUCAUUAUAACAAACAGAAAACAAGGGGGUGUUGAUGUUUGGACUUUUCUUUUUUAACAUUUCCUUGGCAAUUAAUGUGAAACUUCCUAUGAACCAAAGAACUAAGAGUAUUACAGUAAGAAAAUAGGAGCCAGGGAGAGAGUGCCAUCUGCAUUCCACUAUGGGAGAUGUAGGCAAGUUCACUGAUGGAUGGGUGUAAGGAGGUGAUCAAUGGAAAGUAGAUGCCACUCAUCACUACCAGUUUAGGAUUAUCAUUGCUUCCAGCAAAUUUUAACAAUGGAAUUAUCUGGGUAAUGCAUCAAAGUUUCCUGGAAUCUUUGCACAGAAUGAAACUCAGUUCAAGUAAAUGGGUGAGGGGAGCUCAACAGGUCGACUUUAGAACGUUAUAUGUGCUUUUCCUGCUCAGAAUAAACUCCAUCAGAAGAAAAUUAAGCACAUUCAUAUUCUCUAGAAAAGAGGCACUAAUAUCAGGUGUGUUGAUGCUCCUAUUUAAACCUUAGGGGACGGUGUCAGAGACAAGGCAGGUCAUUGGAAAAGAUUAAUCUACCAAGGGGUCAUGGAUCACUGAAGGGUUCCAGCCUCCUACAAAAGGGAUAGCCCUUACUCAGAGGCAAACACAACCCAGACCUUUGGUUUAAGUCCUAGAAUGCAGAAGGCUGAGGCAGGAGAAUUGAGUAUAGAGGUUAGCCUGGGCUAUUCAAACUGUAUCUAAGUCACUCUGUGCUACAUAGUAACAUCCUAUUUUAUUUUAAAAGCAAACAAACCACUACUCCAAACCCUAAAACAAAAACUUCAAAAUGUAAAAUACCCAAAUCCCUCCAAACAAAAAGAUCAGAAAUUCACUUUCCUGGCAAACUGUUUUAAAUGGUUAAAAGAUGCCAUGAACUCAAGUUGAAUGCAUAUCAAAAGAACCACCAAAAGAUAACUUCAUACAAACCUCAAACACAAGGUAGGACACCAAAACAUGUCUAAGGUUACAGAGUCAUCUGUCACCUUCAUGUGUAGACAUGCAGUUAACUUGCCAAGCUUUCUCUCUUCGGGGAGCUGUUGCUAUUUCUUCACUAUUCUGAUAAUAUGUUUGAAGCAGUGCUAGUAAAGAGCCAGAAAAAAAUUUGGGUUUCAGCGAAAAGAAUCCCUUCAGUUAAGAAAAGGUGAGGGUUGGAGGGGUAGCCCAGUGGUUAUAAGCACUUGCUAUGCCUGCAGGCUCAGUUCCCAACACCCAUGUGUGUAACUCCAGUUUCUGGGGAGCUGAAACCCUGUUCUGGCCUCUGUGGGCACCAGGCAUGCAGGUCAGAUGUAUAUACAUACACUGAAGCAAAGCAUUCAUAUAAUAAAAAUAUAAAAUCUUAUACAAAAGAAAAGAUGGGGAUACACAUCCCAUGAGUCUUACAACGAGAUGGAUCAAAUAAAAUAUUGCUAUCACCACAGUUUCAAAGAUGGCUUUAAGGUGCUAGACAGAUGACUCAGUGGUUAAAAGCACUGACUGCUGUUGGAGAGGACCCAGGCUCAGUUCCCAGUACCCACAUGAUGGAUAACAACCAUCCAUAACUCCAGUUCCAGGGGAUCCAACACCCUCUUCUAACCUGUGUGGGUAUUGCAUGACAUGGUGCACUUAAUACAUACAAAUAGACUCUCAUGAAUAAAUCAAAAGUGGCUUUAAAUUCUCUGAAUUUUAGGUCUAGGCAAGAGCUCACCAUCAGCAGGUGAACUUAAACAGUAGUUAACAAUAACAUCUCCCAUUUACUAAUUACUUUGUAAGGACACCGAGAUUUGUUAUAGAAUUGAUAAUAGAGGGCAGGCACUGAAAUCCGGUUCCAACCUCUGUUCCUGUUCCUGGUUUAAGGUUAUUGCCUUCCUAACAGUGUCCCCCGCCCCCCACCCCCGUUGCUUAUCCUAGUCCCCUUGCUUUGUUCUUACUUUUUAUCCCUUC